GUGUCUCGACCUUCUCGGCAGGUUUCCAUCUCGAGAACGACAGAUAGCAACAGCAACGUAAAGCAAUGAUUAGGAGGAUUCCCCAAGGCUUAAUAUGCGACCUUCACCUCGACUGCAAUCAACUCCUGUUGAUUAAUAGAGGACGCAGUCGGUUUUUUUCUCCUUCUUCAAGCGGGUGUGAUCUGAUUUUGUUAAAUCCCAGCCCCUGCGCUACCGCAUUGGAAAGCCGUUUGUAUAUUACCUGUGUGAUUGUGCAAACUCCCAAUCCCUAUAAAUAGUACCCAAUUGCAAGGCGGUUUUUAUACAUUAUCUGUUGACGUCCAUGAUCAUCGAAAGCAAUACCUUGGACAAUCCUGGCAAUCCAUCCGGAGAAGCGACGGGGGAAGACUAUGUGCCGAGAGUGCAGGACAAGGUCACCGUGCUGCUACUACAUAACACUGUAAUUUCAUAGUUACUGUACUACAACAUAGUUACUGUACUAGUCCAUAGUACUACUGCUAUAGUGCUAGUCCAUGGUAGUAGUUCAUAGUACUACUACUACAGUACUAGUACAGAGUACUACAACAUAGUAAUACCACAUAGUUCAGUACGACCCCAAUUAACUCUGCAGUACUGUGGAAACCAUCGUGAGGAGGGAGGAAGUUCCGAGGCUGCAAGUUUGGAACCACUACAUUCUACUAUUCUAGUAUAUCCAGAUACAUAGUACUGGCUAGUACUCAGAAAGUUUGCAACCACUACAUUCUACUAUCUAGUACUGGCUAGUACUCAGAAAGUUUGCAACCACUACAUUCUACUAUUCUAGAAUAUCCAGAUGCAUAGUACUGGCUAGUACUUUGCAGUACUUUCGAGACCAUUGUGAGGAGGGAGAAAAUUCUGAGGCUGCAACUGCUACAUUCUAUAUUAUAAGAGUAUAACAGAGUAGUACGACAUAGUACUACGUCGCAGUAGUACACGAUAGUACUACAGAGUACGACAUGGUACUUGGGCUGCAGCUGCCUAUCAUUGCUUCUCCAUAGUUACUGUGGUAACUGCUGCAGUACUUUCGAAACCAUCUCAAGGAGCGAGGACGUUAGACACGUUCCUUGUUAAGGUUCAUAAAGCCGUCAUACAACAUCAUAAUCGGAAUCGACUGAGGGUGAUAUAACUGGUAGGCUACAAAAAGCAAAAAAAAAAGUAACGAAACGAAAAGAAAAGAAAAAAAGAAGCUAUUACUGGUACGGAGAUGGAGAGCGUGGAGGUGAUUGGCCAUGAGCAGCGGCCGGGGGAGACUCUCAUGGGAUCAAGGGAGGACCAGGUGAAGGAGGAUGCUGGAUAUGGCAAUUAUAGUUCUUCAGGUGCACCUGGUCUCGUUAGCAGUCCAAGUGAGUCCGGCAGGACUGGCACUGCUGCAGAGGCUGCCAUGUCCCGAAAACCAUCCCUUAAAGUCUCAGUUCAAUCAGGUCGCGAUCAUCAGCGCCAUCAUCCUUACGACGAGUACAAGAGUCACAAACAGGGUCUUGGUAAAAUUCAUGAUAUCAUUGAGGACGUCAACGAAAAGGAGCAUAAGGAAGGAACCUACUCACCAACCGAACAACUGUUUCUCAGCCCCCAUACUCCCAUGAUUCAAGAGGUCGUGAAGGAGGUUGUGAAAGAGCAUCCAGGUCCUGCUGAUCGUACGAGUAGUGAGGGAGGCGGUGAUGGUGGUGGUGGAGGUGGAGGUGAUACCUAUAUUGCCUCGUAUGUGGUAGAGGCUCCUUAUAGCAGUCCAGGACCUGCAUUAUCUCCCUUCGAUUCUCCCACGUUUGAAGAUGACGACGUUAAGGUGGUUGUGAAGGAGAUUGCUGACGAAUGUAGACAGGAGGAAGAGGCCUAUCACAGAAAAAGUGAGCAAAUCGCAUCAGCAGCCACUGACUCGGAGGUGCCAUCAUACGGUGAAGUGCUGGAGGUGGAAAAGGAAGAAGCUGCAGAAACGGAAGAAGCUGCUGACGUCGACGAAGAAGGUUUUCUAAAGCGGUUUACAAGCUUUGCCAAAGAGAUGCUGCAUCCGCUACCAAAGCUUUUGUCGGAAGGUGAUAAAAGAGGGAGGAGGACGGAAUUGCAAGGGACGUUAUUAGAGAGGAUAGGAGCUCUGGAAGACUUGUUGCUUCAGGUUGAACAGGAUGAGAGCUCGACCGUCAAGUUAGCAGCCACCGACUCCAAAGUGAUACCGGUAUCGUUCUCAUCUCGGCGCGAGGGAUCGCUGACAACUACCGAAGCCAUCCUUGACGUUCAGGAAAAAGGGUCAUUACUCAAGAGGGUUAGAAUGUUGGAGGAAAUUGUCGUUGCGGCGAAGUUGACUCCGAAAUCGAAGCUCGCUGACGAGGAGACAAAAAGGGUCCUGGACGAGACAGCGGGAGUCGGACCAGCAAAGCGAGUUGCAGACCUUUUAACAGGAGAGCAAGGCGCAGGAGAGGCCUUUGGGCAGAUGGGAGAAACCUCGGUGGAAGGUACAGAGUCAGGGUCUGAGCUUGAGUUUCCACCAGUCACCAUUGUCCAAGUUAGAUCGACAAGUGUGAACGGAAGCGGGCAGGUUGACAGUUAUGCAGCUGCGAUGGGAUCACCAGCCGGCGAAGCGAGGGCAGGCUUGGAGCCUGCUGUCACUAUUGUCCGAGUUCGGUUGCCUGGUCAUCGAGGUGGGCAGAGUACUGGUCAGGAGAUGAGGUACGUUAUUGUGCGCAACCCACGUGCGGACAUGCCGGGACUGUCGACAGAUUCUGAAGCGUUUGGCGUGGCAGGAGAUCACGAGGAAGUCAAGGAGCCUCUCCCACUCCCAGCUGCAGAGCCUCAGGUCAGCGAUCAUGAUAAUCAACUUGGAACAAUGGCCUUGGCGGAUGACGGCGGCAAGUUGGAGAUGGGCCAUGGGAAACAGACUUAUCGGGAUGACAUAGAGUCCAGUGAGGAUUCGUCAUCGUCGGAGGAGUUCGGUCGGCUGGGGGCUGCGCGUGGCACUGCGAUGCCUGUUAUCAAAGCACCGACAGUCAGCAGUAGUGACCAAACUUCGGAAACGUCGAUCGGACCUACUAGCGCGGAUGAUGAAGAGGGUGAAAAGGAUUCUCUGACGACCGAAGACUCAGAGUAUAGCGAAGACAUUCGCGAGUCGCAGUGGUUGGCAACGCCUAGGACAGAGAGUCGGCGGGAAGAAGUCGGUGACAUGGAAAAGUUUGUUUUUCUGCGAUCUGCUCACACAGCGCACCCAGACAGCUGGCACGAUGUCGACAUGAGGAUUCUGAAACCCCAUGAUUCACCGGGAACUGUGCGUACCCACACAUGGGAGAGGAAAGACGCUAAGUCUUGGGGUGGAACGGGUUCAGAACCCGUUCCGGCCGAUUCUUUGAAAACCGGCGCUAUGGCAGACUCUGAGGAAGAUUGGCAAAAAAUGCCUAUUGCUCAGAGUCCACUCUCAGCGAGGAGGAUCACGCCUGCCGCACUCCUCCAGGGCCCGGGGGUGGUAAGCCUGGAUGUCAGCGAAGAUGAUGUCGCGCACGGGGUCCCGGAGAAGAAAGACCCAGAAACUGGUUCUUGGAAAGAUGUUGACCGCAUCAACAAAGAGUGGCCACAGACAGGUCGAGGCCCAAUGCGGAGAAUCCUGAAAGGGCUGUUGUCGGGAACAGUGGACGAUGAGACAUGGGAGAGGAUAGUCGCAGAGGCUCGAUCUGGAAGCGUUGGCAAGGAAGGCGGGAUGUGGAGCGAUCGAAGUGUAGGGGGAGACGAACUGGAGCGCAGCGCAUCUAGAGAUUCGUCAUGGCGGCAUGUUGAAGACCUGACAUUAGUUCCUCCUUUCUCCGCCGAAGAACAGGAGAUGCUCAGGGCUCAUGCCACGGAGGCUAUGACUGAGGGCUUGGAGCCGGGGGAACACAAGACAUCGUCGGAACAGCGAUACAGUGAUGCAGAGGAGAAAAGUGAGAUCACAGCUGGUAGCCGGAGGGGUGAAGAGACUCGCGGUGACGUCUCUUUGAAAGAGCGUGCUCAUGCUCCUCUCUGGAAGGGACUGAUUGAACUGCCUGAGAAUGAUGGGGCACAGACUUCAUCGGACGCUGGAGACGAGAGACAGAGUGCCCGAAAUGGUUCCCAGGGAGUGCAAGAGAGCGCAUGUCUGACUAGCAGCAUGAGUCUGUCACUGCCAAAAGCCUCUCCAAGGACACCAACAAGUCAAGGACUCAGCGAUGCAGCUUCCACUGUCAGCUCUGCUUCAAGUAAACAAGGGGCACGUAAGACAAAGAACGGCCGCAGAAGACGUUCGAAGACCGAAGACUCGGGUCUCUGCUCCAUCAUGUGAAGCAGCGAUGGAGUCAAACAGAGUGAUACUGUCACAUGUCACAGGCUCGAAGCUUAUUGGUACAUUGAUUUUUACACAGAAUACGCGUCUGUUUGUUGAUUCUGCACAACGGCCGACAGCCGGCAAGAAGCAACGAACCGCACAUGCAGUGGACGAGGGUUUGCGCAUUUUCCUUUUUUCGUUUCUCUUUGAAUUCAUCUCUUCCCCCACCCCCCCGCCGGAAACCAAAAACCCCAUGACUAGCUGCAAUUCCGUU